AUGAAGAAUUCAGUCGGGCAAAAUCAGGAUUACAGGGGAGACGUAGGUAGUGCUGUGUGCAUGUGUAUGCUGUUGGUGGCAAAGAUUAUAGACCAUGAAAAUUUAUGUCAGUAACAUAUAUCUGAUCACCAUUUCUCAGGAGGAGGGUUAGUACCAGUUGUUGCUGGAACAGUUGCUGUUGUCCUGGUGGUUCUCGUGUUCCUCUCUGUCUUCUUGUGGAUCAGGUGAGCAGCUCUGUUUCACUGAGUUAUCAUAACUCAGUUUAUCAGAUGCAGGAAAUCUUUUACAUUUUAAUUUAUUCAUUAUUUUACCAGAAAAAAGAGAGCUACCAACAAAUCACCUGCAAAUGAAGCAAGACCAGACGACAGAGGGGAGGUGAGAACAGUUAAUCAUAAUAUUCAAGAUAAAAGAAAACCGCUCCUGAGGUGGAAUACAGACACACCGCUACUGGUUAUAGAAACUUUUGGUCUAAUUAGGGACAACAGGAGGAGCUGGUUGACCUUCAGUAUGCCAGCAUCAGCUUCUCCAAGAAUCCUACAGAUCUGUACAGUAACAUCAGACCAACUCAGCCCAGCAGACAAAAGGAGCAACAGGAUGUCACUGAGUACGCUGCUGUCAAUGUUAGUCGUGCCGGCGCCACCAAAAGGUGAGAAACUCUUUAACGAGGACUAGCCUUCUCACUAUAAGAUGAAACCUGUCUUGUUUUGAAAAGUUUCAUCUUUUUUUCCCUAAAGUGUUUUUAUUUUGUAAAAACAAAAUUGAUGAUUUAGUUUCUCAGUCUUCUGAGUCUUAGUUGUUUCUUGGUUUCCCUCCUCAGAACCAGAAGUCCAGAGACCGGAGAGGAUCCUACUGCAGUGUACAGCACAGUCAACAAAUCUAGAAGAUCACAUGAUGCAUUUAUCACCUGAGUUUUCUUAGUCUGUUUUCUGUCAUGAGUUUGUAUUUGCAGAGGUUAUCAUAAAGUUCGUAACAUAGAUUUCUGAUGAUCAGCUGUGCCUCUAAAUAUAUACAGAAGAAAGAGACAGUUACAGACAUUUUCUACAUUUCCUUCACAUUUACUAACAGUUAACAGCUAACUUUUGAUCUGCUAUCUAACCAAAACUUGAGUGCCUUUAACUCUCACAAAAACUCACCAAACAUGGCAUAUGAAUCAGACAUGUUGAAAAAAAUGUGAUCACUUAUGUGUUUCAGACGUGGACGUGGUUGAAUUGCCCACUUGUGCCACCUGGAGGUAUUCAAAGGUACAGCCUCUCGGGGCUUGAAUGAAUGAAAGAGUUGAGAGGUUUAGCCAAAAAUGGUAAAAUGAUGUCCCAGUGGGGCUUUUUAUUUGAUUAAACCAUCAGUGAGCAGUAGAUCAGUAUGAUGCAGUUUUUCUGAUGUUUAACUGACCUCUAGUGGGGAAGUUUAAGAAUCACAUUCAGACUUCAUUUAAGUGCCUUUUAAUUUAAAGGAUCAGUUCACCCAAAAUAAAAAGGUAUGUGUCAUUUGUUUUAUUUAUUCAUAAUCUCUGAGGUUUUAUUUAAUCAGCAUUUUUUAAACUUUUUGCUUUGAUACAUACCUGCUAUUAAAUCUUUAUUAAAAGAAGCAGGUGAAAACACCUUUCUGUUGUGCAUUGUUCUGCAAAGUAAACAUAUUAGAAAAAAGCUGUGAAUACAGAUUUGUGUUAUUUUUUUGUCUCUUAUAUCUAAAACUCUGUACGGUUGUCAUCCUGUUCAUAUAGAUACACUACAGGCCAAAAUUUUGGAAGCAAAGCCAUUACAGGCCGAACAGUUGGGAGUAACUUCAAGUUUUUGUUCAAAAUGCUUUUUUUUUUUAAAUCCAGCAUGAGUUUUAUGUAUUUUUUACUCAAUGGUGAGAUGUUGCUUUCAUUGAAAUGCACCAUUUUACUCCAUUUACCUGUAGAUAUACAUUGAUGUUAACAGACCAUUGCUAAAUAUAUGUCAGCAAAAGAAAAUAAGGGCUUAGUUUAAGGGUUGAAAACAUUUGCAAGAGUCACAACUUCAGUGCAAAAGCAAAAAAACAAAUCACAGUUGGAUUAUUCACUUCAACUUUUUGGCUUUUGAGAGCCUGCAUACAAAAAUCCUACCCCAAAAAUGGCUAGAAAGAAGCAACUGAGUAAAGAAACAAAAGUACAGAUUUGUACAUUGAGGAAAGAAGGAUACACAGAAAGAGAAAUUGCAAAACGCCUAAAGGUGUCUAACAAAGGAGUCCACUACACUCUGAAGAGACUAGAGGAACCUGGAAGUUAUGAUGAUAGAAAAAAAACUGGAUGAAAGAGAGUUACUACAAAAGCAGAGGAUAAACAUAUCAUUGUCACAGUAAGAGAGAUCGGCGAAAGACAGCACCAAAAAUAAGGGAGGAAAUCAACAUGACAAGGUCGAAACCCAUAUCUCUGACAACGGUGAAAAGACAUUUGAGAAAGGCUGGUCUGAAGGGUUGUGUAUCUGUGAACUGUUCAAAAACGCAGAGUCAAUGUCCACGGACAAACUGGUGAAUGUCUGAAAGCACCAUGUGUUACACCCAUAAUUCAGCAUGGAGUAGGAGAUUUGUUUGAAGUAAAGGGUAUCAUGAAGAAGGAACAGUACCACUCCAUCCUCCAGCACCAUGCUGUUCCAUCUGGACUCAGACUUGUGGCUCAUAAGUUUGUUUUGCAGCAAGACAAUGACCCUAAGCACUCUGCCAAGCUCUGUCAGGGUUACCUAGACAAAAAAGAAGAGGAAGGUGUUCUUCAAAAGAUGGUUUGGCCCCCUCAGUCUUCAGACCUUUCUCCAAUUGAACUUGUGCGGGAUGAAUUGGAUCGAUCGGUCGGUCAGAAAGACGCGUCUCACGAAUCAGCGGUCUCUUUUUAAUGAACUUAAGAAAGCUUGGAAUGUAAUUCCUGGAACAUACCUUAAAAGACUUGUGGAACGAAUGCCUGGUAUAUGCCAAGCUGUUGUUAAAGCCAGAGGAGGUUACUUUAAAGAAAGCAAAGUCUAAGCAACAAUAACUCAAAUACCUAAUAAUUAUAGUCAAAAUGUCUUCUGAUAAGUUACUCUUUACACAAUAGUCAUGUUUAUUGUGUUGCAAAGUAUAUUAAUGAAACUAUGAUCUUUUUUUGUACAAAUCUGAUCUUGCUUCCAAACUUUUGGCCUGUAGUAUAUAUGUAUAUAUAUAUAUAUAUAUAUAUAUACAAAUAGAUAGAUAUACUGUGUGUGUGUGUGUGUGUGUGUGUGUGUGUGUUUGUAUAUACAUAUAUAUAUAUAUAUAUAUAUAUACAUGACAGAGGCACAAAAAGGCAUUGGUAAAAACACCAGAAGAGCAAAACACCAGCUACUGGUAGACAUAACAGUUGCUCGGGACUGCAGAACCAGACAGACCAAUCUGUGCACUGCCUUGAUUGAUUACAAGAAAGCCUACGACUCGAUGCCACACACCUGGAUCCUGGAAUGCCUGAAACUGCACAAGUCAACAAGACUCUAAGAGCCUUAAUUGCAAACUCAAUGGGCUCUAUUUUUGUGUACGCCUGUAAGGCGGCGGAGGGUGGCUGACCCCGCGCAGUUGUAUUUUCGUCUGGCGGAGCCCGGCGUACAGCCAGUUUGGUAUUUUCGUGGACUGAGGCGCACUGAGGUUGAACCGAGAUCCGCCAAGCUGGGCGUGGUGGCGUGGUAGGGGGAGGUGUCGACUGAAUCAGCGGGCGCAGUGACAUUUUCGUGCUCGCCAGUGGCGUGUAAAGUGCGCUGAAAGCUUGCCGAUUCAAAGCUGGUCAGCUUUCAGCGCAGGCAGAGCGCAGCUGGUCUAGUAGUAUUUUGGUAGACCGGCGGCGUAUCGGCAUACAUCACCGAUGCCUCACCGGCAGGAUUCCACAGUGUCAGGCACAUUUCAGUGCAAUAAAUAAUCAUCAACAACUAAUAAUCUGAGUCAGCACAUACAUUUAGAUCUAUAUAGAUAUAUUCUGAUCUAUAUCUGAUCUGAUGAGCACGUUUGGCACGCGUUUGGACACACAACCUGACCAAAUCAACAACAAUAAUAAUAAUAAUAAUAAUAAUAAUAGAUUUUAUUCGUAACGCACUUUACAUUUAAAAACAAAUCUCAAAGUGCACAACAAGACAACAAUAACAGUAAAAACCAAGCAACAGGGCAAAACAAUAAAAAACAGUCAGCAGAUAAAAUCAGAUAAAAUUAGUCCGGGUAGGCCUUCCGAAAGAGCUGAACAGCUGAAACCGCAUUAAAUUUCUUCCUCUUCCUUUUAUUUCUCGCACAGCUCAACCUGGACAUGUCUCCGUGUCCUCUCUCCGUCCUGCUGCAGUGGCGGCUGAACAGAUGAUUUGUUUCAGUGCUCAGAUGCGUUAUCUACUUUAAGCCGACAUACUGAUAUUAUGAUAUUCAGUUUUGUGAGCCAAAUUUAUUUUAUAUGCCAACAUCUAUGAAAGAAAGAGCCAGGCCACAGAGCGCGAUGCAUCAUUUACGCACCAAUGGUUCCGAUUUUAAUGUCAUUUUUGGAGUUUAUGUUGUGAUCUGUGCGCACAACCCACCUUUGUCACGUGAGGUUUGAAUAUAUGCAACUUUAUAUGAGUGUCUUUAUUUGUGGAAAAGGGUGUUUGUCUUACCAGUGGGUUCAACCUUACACACACCAAAUCUAUCUGUGCUCAUAUAAGACAGUGUGGAGGACACCCAAUGCAGCGCUACAGUGACACUUGUUGAGGAGCUGCCUUCUGUCGCCACCUUGUGGCAUUACUGUCUUCAGACAUCUCUUGAUCUCUUUGACUACUUCACGAAAAUGGUAAUACGCCUCGCCUGUGGCGGAUUUAAAGGCAAGGAGAGGAGCUUAUGUGAUUGGUGAAAACAGGUCUCAGCUGUGUUAAACCCACUCCAUGCCCUCUCUCCUCCUUUGCUACGACUUACGCCGCUGGGAGGAGCUGAGUUAGGAAGGGGGGAUACUUACACCGGGCUGCGCUGCUCACCAAAAUACCAAAUUGUGCUUGGGAACGCCUUGUUGGCGCGGCGGACCUGACUUAUGCCGCGCCUGCGGCACGUCUCCGGCGAGGCACGAAAAUAGAGCCCAAUGAGGCAAUGGAACGCCACCCUUCAGGCCAACUUCAAGCCAAUAGCACAAGUCUCCAUCAAAUGUGGCAUAUAUCAAGGAGAUGCUCUGUCCCCACUGCUGUUCUACAUAGGCUUGGAUCCCCUCAGCCAAAUAAUCAAUAAUACUGGCUACGGAUACCGACUCCGAAGUGGGAUCACCAUCAGCCACCUCCUCUACAUGGACGACAUUAAGCUGUACGCUAAGAGCAAGCGAGACAUCGACUAAUUGAUCCACACCCCCAGGGUCUACAGCCGUAACAUCAGAAUGUCGUUCGGACUGGAGAAUAUAUAUAUAUAUAUAUAUAUAUAUAUAUAUAUAUAUAUAUAUAUAUAUAUGUAUAUAUAUAUAUGUAUAAAUUUUUUUUUCAGAUUCAAAUGCUGCAUGCUCACGAUCUGUAAAUAUAUAUAAUAGUUACCUCAGUAAUGGCUGACUGCAGUGAUUCUGCAUCACUGCCUCUGUAAAAAACAUGUUACACAUGCAAAGGCUUAAAAAGUUUAUUCUUCUCACCACUUUUUAAAUUUAUGAUUUUAAAAACAAAAUAUCGAGAAUGUUUUAAAGUACAAUGGCAAAAAGUGACACACAAAAGCUGAGUCUUGCAUCUGGAGACUCUUUGCAGAUAUAUCUUCAUGGCUUUGUGAUAAGUUAGAAAUAAGGUAUCCUCUUUUGCAGGUUUUAGUGGCUGCAGGUCUCCUGGGGACACUUAUUAACUAAUCUUAGUGACUUGAUGACUCAUGUGGUUUACAAGUAUCAAAACUGUGAAGAGGAAGGAAGUGAGGCUUCUUUUAACGUCCUACUUCUAUCCACUGCUUACACCACUGACAUGAAACCAUUUCAAGUGAAAAUUACUUUAUGCAGCAAAUGCUGGAUUUGAUUUAUCAAUGUUUCGUGGGUUUCAUCUUUCUUUUAACUACUUCUGAAACUAGCUAUGAGUUCAACAGCAACUAAGAGUGGAUUAGUCAUCAUCUUUCUCUCCAUGACAGGUAAUAAUCUUUCUGUUCUUCAAAUCCAGAGAGAAAGAGAGAUGGAGAGAAAAAAGAAUUACCAAAUAAAACAUAUUUACAACUUUAAUGCCAGUAAUGAUAGUGAUGUUUGUGGGGCAGUAGGAAAAGCAGGGUUUGACAAAAAUAACUACUUGUAAAGAGGAUGAAUGGGGAACAGCGAUAAUGUUAAGGAAAGCAUCACAAGCAAUGAUUAAGAGGAAGUAAAGCUGUAGUGUUGGUGUCUUUGAAGUAAAGUAAAAUUGUAUUCAGUAGAAAGAGUGUUCUGGUCAAAGCCUAUGGUGGCAUAACUGAGAGCAAGUCAAUUCAUCAAAAAUGAAAGUUUUAAACCUGAUUUUAAAAGUACAGGGAUACCCUCUAAUCUGGACUUGAGUCCACAAUCUCCACCAUCCAUAGACUUUAAGGUACCGCACAAAGACACUCUGUAAAUGCAAUGUUCUAGUGUGGUUGGAGGAAACUACAAUAAGGAGUGGGAUUUUAAAUAGUAUUCUUCAUUUUAUUGCAAGCGCAGAGAAUGAACUGCCAAGGAGCACAGUAAAUAUAUAACCUUUUUUUGCUUUUGGAGAAAAAAGGCACAAAAAUACUAGAGGACCAGGGGAGUCUUAAUUUAAUCAAAAACAGACUCUAUUUGCAGAACCAGCAGUUUUUUUCGCCACAAUUCGUAUUGUUAUUUGCUAUGAUUGAAUCACUUUUUGAGUUUUUUAGUGGAUUCUUGUUUUGCAGUCAGGUCAGCGUCUCAGCGACUCAUUUAUCACCAUACAUCUGCAACAACCCUGUCUGUUCCUCUUUAUUAGGUGUUAGGUUUCCAUGCUGAUGCUGCAUUCACAGCACUUAUCUGAUCCAUAUUUAUUUACUUUCAAAAUUUUUCAACCAGAUUGAAAAUCUGUGGGAUUGAUUAGCCUCAAUCCACUGUUUAUAUAGGUGCAAAAUCAAAUAAUCCGAUCAUGACGGUCAUAUACAUGCACCAAGUUUUAUUCAGAUUAGGAGCAUUUGCACAUGUGCAGAGUUGUCUGGUUUCGCUAAAACAACCGCGGAAGAAGAAUUGUAUUUAUGCCUGUGCUGUCAACAAACCAACAAAUGUGGGAGUGGCUCACUCCAUCCAAUCCAGGAUUUCCCCCCCUGUUAAAUGUUGUUACUAGAUGGCGCCCUUGCGUACUUAUUUUACUGUUCUGCCAAAGGUUGCACUGUGCGUGCAAAUGUGACAUCAUCACGCUGUUUGUACGCCUUGUUAUGUUUCCAGAGGGGCAGACACAGCACCUCCGGUUGUGUUUUAUGCCAGAGUGUUAAUAGUGAAACUUCAUGUACUGGCCUCAGUAAAUAAACCAAAAGCUGAAAAGUGAAGAUCGAGUCAAGUAAGAGAGUCACAAUCGGAAAAAGUGUUUACGUGGAUGCAUUUCGGAAUAGCGAUCGACCUAAACCACCCCUCUUGAUCGGAAUACAGUUUCUUUCCGAAUGAGCUGAAUUGGAUCAGAAUCUUCCGAUCGACAUGUUUACAUGACGCAUUGUUAUUCUGAUCGUGCAUUUAUUCCGAUUAUUUGUGCCCAUGUAAACGCAGCUAUUGAGUAUUAGCUUCUGUACAGUUUCUCACACUUCUGCAUUCAUUUUUAGAUACACACUUGACUGGGCAGCUAACUUUGCACAGAGAAAACUUUCACAGAACAGCACAAUCUGUUAAAUAAUUUACACUGUUAAUGCUGCUGUUGGGUUAGAAAAAUGUUAAUGUAUAUAGACGUCUGUAAAUUUUCUGCAUGGAGAAAUCUUCUGUCUUCUAUAUUUUGAUAAGCAUUUUAAAAUCUGAGAGAAAACUGUUUCUAAACUGAGAAAAAAACUGACAAAAAUAUCUUAAAUGUGAUUGUUAUAUCAAGAUGAUGUCGGACUGCACCUCAAUGAUCUGGUUCAGAUUUAUUUAUUUCAUGUUCAGUCUUGAACUUUUCCUGGUCUGGUUAAAUUGACUGUGUUCUCUGAUUUUUGUGUUUUAGUGGCUCAGCCUCAGAACGACUGGGAGGUGACUUACUCUACAGCUCAGAUCUGUGUCUCUAGAGGAUCAACUGCGGAAAUAAGCUGCAACUUUAAGUACCCAAAAACAAUGAAGAGGAAGCAGAACAAACUCUUAAAAACAUUUUGGUUUAUUAGGAAACGUGGUGAUGAGUUUCUAAACAUUGAAACAGACUCAGAGUAUUCAGGUCGUGUGAAGACCACGUAUGAUGGGACCAGAUCCACCUUGACAAUCACAAACCUGACAGGGAGUGACUCAGCUGAAUACAUGUUCAGGAUGGAGACAAGCGUGGACAAAUAUUUUGGCUACCCAGGUGUCACCCUGUCUGUGAGAGGUAAAGUUUUCUCUGAAAUUUUUCAUCUUUUAUCUUUUUUAAAAUCCUGUAAAUUAUUGUAUUAUGUGUAUGUUUAUGUGGAAAGUACUGACAGUUUUAUCUGAUCAGAUGUCCAGAUAAUGGUGAGCAGACCAGGUGGGCAUUUGCAGUUGAAGUGUCUCAGCGGUUGUCGUCAAGAUUUUCGAUACAUUUGGUUCAAGAAUGGAGAGAAAAUUAAGAACCAAAAUUCACAAUAUCAUCAACCAGACCAGAUUCUGAACACAGACAGAUUUUCCUGUGCUGUAGAAGGAUAUGAGGACUUCCCCUCUCCUUCAGUGUGUGAGUUUACCCCUCCCUUUCCUCUAACACAACACUAUCUAUAGAGGUUUUAAAAUUUAGUGCGUGCACUGACUCUCUGGUCUGUGGCUAACAUUUCCACUUUAAAAAACAUCUCAUAUCUGUGAUGCUCAGAGUAAAAACUUGAUAAUAAAGAUUUGUUAAAGGACAGAGAGCAUAAACCAAGUACAUCAGUGACUGAAAUGUUAACUGUAAAAUGUGUUUCUUCUUCAGAUGCUUUCGAGCCUCCCUCUGUGUCAGUGAGUCCCUCUGCUGAGAUAGUGGAGGGUAGUUCAGUAAAUCUGACCUGCAGCAGUGAUGCUAACCCUGCAGCUACUUACACCUGGUACAAAGAGAAUGAAGACUCAGCAAAUGCUUCAGGACAGACCUUCACCAUCACUGAGUUCAGAGCUAAUCACAGUGGGAAUUAUUACUGUGAAGCCUGGAACAAAAUAGGACACCAGAAAUCCAGCCCACAUCAGAUCGUUGCGGCAGGUGAGAUAUUUACACACCUGCACACAGAGAGCUUACCCAAAAUACUCAAAGCAGCUCAUGAUAUGUUUAAUUAAUUAAUUUUUUCCUUCACAAACAUGUUUUCUCUGAAUCAGAUCUUAAAACUGACUAAAGUGAAUAAUUCAUGGAGGGACCUCCAUGUCAGAUUCUGGCUCAACAGAGUCUCAGACAGAGCUAAAGAUAUAGACCAGUCUGAUUCUGUUAGUAAUGUGUCUCACAUAUCUCUCUUCUUUCAUUCAAGGGAAAUCAACAAUAACAACCAUAAUUAGCAUCAGGUUGACCCUGUUCUUUUUGAUGUUGAUUCCUCCACCUCUCGUGAGUCUGUUGACAAGGUAAAACCAUAAAACUCCAUCAAUUCAAACACAUUUCUUUUAUGAGCUUCUUCACUUGGUUCAUAGUUUAAUUUCUUUUCUCUCUAUCACUGUAAAACUGACUUUUCUCAAAUGUAAUAAUCCAGGAAGAAGAAACCUCUGAACUCAAACACUGAACCAAGUGAACCUGCAGAGAUGAUAGAGGUGAGACUGACUGCUGACAAAAUAUCUUUACAGACCUGUUCAAAGAUGUCAGGAUCAAAGUUUCAAAAUGGGACUAAAAUACUUUCAAAGAUGAUCAACUCUCUUCAUCUGUCCUCAGCUGGACUCUGCUCAUGAGAAUGAGAAAGUCUCAGCGGUCACUGCAGCACAGACUGAAGACAUAGAGGAGCAGGAAGACAGGGUGUGAAGUCCAGUCAGGGUGGGGUGUCUCCAGUGGUGCUGAUGGUCUACUGGUCCCAUAACUGGACUAGAGUCCCCUGUUGAGCGGUUGCUGGUUCAACUCCCGCCCAUGAUCCUUUGCUGCACAUGUUCUCUCACUUUCUACACUCCUCAUUUGCUGUCUUUCUUCUGCUUUCCUAUCUACAAAAGGAAAAAAUGCCCCAAAACACGACUGUCAUGAAAGUCAAAUAGAAAAACAAGAUACUUUAAAAAUCAAGUCAAAAAUAAGACGUUUCAAACUCUUACUUUUGUCAUGUUGGUUAAGUUUUCUUUAUUUUUGCACAUUCAUGUUUUGUUUCAUGUCAUGUAUUUCCUGUUUUAUUUUGUAGUUCACCAACUCUUGUUUCUGUCUUCUAGCUUUGUUCCUGUCUGGUCUGCCCUCGUUUUGUCACACCUGCUGCCUGAUUGUGUUUCCCCACCUGUUCCCCAUCACCCUCACUACCUCUUGUAUUUAAUCUCAUGCAUCUCACUGUCUCAUCACCAGUUCGUUGCACUCUAUAGUCACGUUCCAGCAUUAUGCAUAGUUUUAGUCAAGUCAUGUAUUACCUUUGCCUGCUUUAUUUUUGACCUUGCCGUUUUACAAUAAAUCCUUGUCUUUUGGACCAACUGAUCUGGUGUUGUGCAAUUGUGUUCUCUCCUCUGUGUCUUGGUUUAUAACAGUUUCUACAGAGAGUCUGACCUCCUCCACCGAGAUAACAGACCAACUUCAGAUUCAUUCUCACUGUCUUAAUCUUUUUUUUGUGAUUGUACGCAGAUGCAGUGUGUUUCACCUUCCAGUUAGUUAAAAAAAAGUCCUGUCAACAAGACUUUGGCAGAUCUGUUGGUCCAGCCACUCUAAUAUUUCACUGUCCAAAAUGAUGGGCCAACUCAUCUCCUGUGUGGCAUAUUUAUUCUUACAGGAACUGCAAAAACAUAAAAACAGUCAUUAAUAGGAGCGCACUCUGUUCUGUGUCUUUACGCUUCAUCCUCACACACUGACUGGACUUCUCUGUUUUAUGAUAAACACUCUACACUUGCACUGUAAAACAACUCUUAAAGCAACACAAUACUACAGUGGUGUUGAAAUAAAAUCCAUGACAUUACUGUCUCAAUAUUUACACUAUUUUAACCAUUACAUCUCCUUUAUGAACUGUAUAACUGAUCUUUAGUUAAGUAAAUCUAUUUCAAACUAAUGUCUUUUAAUGUAUUAACACUGCACUGUCCCUUAAUACACUGAACAUAAAGUGUUUUACUUUCCCUCUUCCCACAAUGAAAACACACAGUGUGGCUUUAACCUAAAAUACAAGCGUGCACAAUACAGACUCUCAUCACGGUCUACUAACUGGACCAUAGCAUGGCACCACAGCCGCACCUGCCAGCCCAGCCCCUCACUCAGCUCAACUCCACACAAGCACCUCCCCACAGAAAAAACUUAAUCCAUUUAAUACGGUUUCUUGAUAUAAACUUAUAUUUUUACAGCUGUAAUGUGUAUCUCUCAGUAGUUAGCCUAUCCUUUAAACUCAAAAGAGACAUAAUUCAGUCCUCUGGUUCAUGACCACGAUUGCCAUGGACUACGAGUCCGCCAUUACAGAUACACAAUCCAGUGAGUCGCCUUUACAAACCCAUGAGCUUGUGAAUUCACUCUUUAGCUCGACGUCUGUUACACUCCAAGGCACUUAAGAUAUAUUAUUACUGUUGUCCAUUACGUUUAUAGUAUUUCUGAACCAGCUAACCUGCAAACACAUAAAAACAGUCAUUAAUAGGAGUGUACUCUAUGCUGUGCCUGUACCAUUGACUGUAUAUAAAAUGGACGCCAUCUGCCUCCUCGCUGGGUGAAGCCACCCCAAGAACAGCGCCCUCUGGUGACAGGCUGCAGUAUAGGUCAUAAAUCCUGCCCCCACCAGCCAUCCUUAUGGGGUCUGUGGACAAACUUUAGAAAUUUAUUACACAAAAUAUAAAUUCUUCUCCCCCCUAACUGUGAUGUUGACAUGUAGCUACUGUAAGACUGGUUUGUGCUCAAGUCCUCUUUUUUCUGUGCAGCUCCAUUUUUAAAAGUUAUUAGGUGGUUCAUGUUUUCUAUGAUUGACACUUGAUACAGCCUAUGUGCAAUGUUGGUUUCAGGAAGUGGAGAAAAAAAUGCAGAAUCACAGAGAGCUUUUUGGCUUCAAAUCCGUAUACUGGCAGAAGGUGGAACCAAGUUGUCCAAAGUAUAUACAGUCUAUGGUCUGAACGCUUCAUCCUCAGACACUGACUGGACUUCUCCUGCUGUUGCAUCAGCUAUCCGCUAGGUGAGGUACCGAGUGCCCCCUGCUGGUGAAACAUAUAUUACACUAUCUUACAGGAAAAUAGACACUACAGUAGUUAUAGUAUUGCACGUGAACUUUAUUCAUAUAAAUAAAAUGGGGGGUUGACUAUUUCCAUGCCUUCAAUAACUCAUAGUGCCACAUAAGCAGUAUCUCUAAGUGAUCUUUUUAAUUGAUUGCAUCUUUAUCUUGUAGUGACUGAGAAUAUUUAUGGGAUGAUCGAUGUAUGUUACAUUUUUGAUAAUCCUUUCUUGUGACAACGAGCUCUAUGAGAGUUUGACUGGAGGUUGAACGCUACAUCCUGACUCUACUAUUUGUUGUUUGUGUGACACUCUAUUUACUCUCUGAUUCAAAGGAUUACAACACCCCCCCCCCCCCCCAAAAAAAAAAAAAAAAAACACUUCCGUUGAAGUUCAAGUGUAAUCCGCUCACACAGAUUAGUUUCUUCCUCACAUACUUUGAGGUUUUUGAUUCAACUUUGUCCACCCACAGACUUUUUGACAUCCUUCCCCAACUAAUGGAGAUAACGUGUCGAUACUGAUGUUAAAAUAAAAUCAAAAGAUAGGACAAACUUAACCAUUUCAAGAGGAUUAAGUUGAUGAAAAACAGCUUCUUUAAGGUGUGGUCUCUUAUUGGUGUUUGAAUCAACAUUUAUGUUAUCAUUUAAAAAGGAAGGGCUUUUUUGGUCUGUUUCACACUUCAGUUUCCGCCUUCUGCUCACGGACUGCAGAGAAAAGACGCCCUUCAAGACACAACGCUGUUCAUAUUUGUAAGUAGAAUAGUUUAAUGAAAUGUCUGAUACUUUUUCAUCUCCUGUUAGCUUUUCAUGUCACAUAUUUGACUUGUGUUAUUAUCCCUAAAGUCCCAGAGAAAGGAGAGAGGAGCAGAGAUGAGUUUAACUGCAGCAGUGAGUGGAUUCAUCCUUCUCCUCUCUGUAUCAGGUACUUCAUAUCUAAAGCUUUUCCUCUUCACUCUGAGAAACCUGCAGCCUCUUUUUAAUUUGAUCAAAAACAGACUCUGCUUACAGAACCUGCAGUUUUUUCUCCAAAAUUCUGAUUGUAAUUUGCUGUAUUGAAAUCACUUUUUGAGUUUUUUAGUGGAUACUAGUUUUGCAGUCAGGCUAGUGUCUCAGGGACUCAUUUAUCACAACACAUCUGCAACAACCCUGUCUGUUCCUCUUCAUAGGUGUUAUAUUUCCAUGCUGAUGCUGCAUUGACAGCACUUAUCUAAUCAUUGAGUAUUAGCUGCUGUACAGUUUCUCACCCCUUAGACUUCUGCAUUUAUUUUUAGAUACACACUUGACUGGGCAGCUAACUUUGCACAGAGAAAACUUUCACAGAACAGCACAAUCUGUCAAAUAAUUUACACUGUUAAUAAUGCUGUUGGGUUAGAGAAGUGUUCAUGAAUAUAAACAUCUGUAAUUUUUCAGUAUGGAUAAAUCUUCUCUCAGAUAUUUUGAUAAGUAGUUUAAAAUCUAAUAUCAAACAGAGAAAAAAGCUAAACCUGACAAAAAUAUCUUACAUGUGAUUGUUAUAUCAAGAUGAUGUCGGACUGCACCUCAAUGAUCUGGUUCAGAUUUAUUUAUUUCAUGUUCAGUCUUAAACUUUUCCUGGUCUGGUUAAAUUGACUGUGUUCUCUGAUUUUUGUGUUUUAGUGGUUCAGCCUCAGAACGGCUGGGAGGUGACUUACUCUAAAACUCAGAUCUGUGUCUCCAGAGGAUCAACUGUGGAAAUAAGCUGCAACUUUAAGUACCCAAAAACAAUGAAGAGGAAGCAGAACAAACUCUUAAAAACAUUUUGGUAUAUUAGGAAACAUGGUGAUGAGUUUCUAAACAUUGAAACAGACUCAGAGUAUUCAGGUCGUGUGAAGACCACGCAUGAUGGGACCAGAUCCACCCUAACAAUCACAAACCUGACAGGGAGUGACUCAGCUCAGUACAAGUUCAGGAUGGAGACAAGCCUGGACAAAUAUUCUGGUUACCCAGGUGUCACCCUGUCUGUGAGAGGUAAAGUUUUCUGUGAAAUGUCUCAUCCUUUACCUUUUUGAAAAUCGUGUAAAUGAUUAUAUUAUGUGUAUGUUUAUGUGGAAAGUACUGACAGUUUUAUCUGAUCAGAUGUCCAGAUAAUGGUGAGCAGACCAGGUGGGCAUUUGCAGUUGAAGUGUCUCAGCCGUUGUCGUCAAGAUUUUCGAUACAUUUGGUUCAUGAAUGGAGAAAAAAUUAAGAACCAAAAUUCAAAAUAUCAUCAACCAGACCAGAUUCUGAACACAGACAGAUUUUCCUGUGCUGAAGAAGGAUAUGAGGACUUCCCCUCUCCUUCAGUGUGUGAGUUUACCCCUCCCUUUCCUCUAACACAACACUAUCUGAUGGAGGUUUGAAAAUUUGGUGCGUGCCCUGACUCUCUGGUCUGUGGCUAACAUUUCCACUUUAAAAAACAUCUCAUAUCUGUGAUGCUCAGAGUAAAAACUCAAUAGUAAAGAGUUGUUAAAGGACAGAGAGCAUAAACCAAGUACAUCAGUGACUGAAAUGUUAACUGUAAAAUGUGUUUCUUCUUCAGAUGCUUUCGAGCCUCCCUCUGUGUCAGUGAGUUCCUCUGCUGAGAUAAUGGAGGGAAAAAAUGUGACUCUGACCUGCAGCAGUGAUGCUAAUGUAGAAUCCAGUUAUACCUGGUAUAAAAGAAAUGAACUUCUACAUCCUCUGCGUCUCAGGAGAGGACCUCAGCUUGUCUUCAGCUCCAUCAAGUCCUCAGACUUUGGACAGUAUUACUGUGAAGUGAGGAACAUCUUUGGGACACAGAUAUCCGGGAACAUCUUGGCUGGUUAUACAUGUGUGUGAAACAUCACAGUUCAAACACAUUAGAAAGACAAUAAACUACACAACAACACCUCAAAACAGUUUUAUCCUGUAUUUGAACAAAAAGCACUAAGACAAAAUUUCUUCUUCUAUAUGUUUAUUUGCAAGUUUAAUUUACUAACUUUGAUUAAAUCCAUUUCCAGAUGAUCCAGAGCUUCCCUCUGUGUCAGUGAGUCCCUCUGCUGAGAUAGUGGAGGGUAAUCAUGUGACUCUGACCUGCAGCAGUGAUGCUAAGCCAGAUGCUACUUAUACCUGGUCCAGGAGAAAUGGUGAUCUAAGUCCUCAGAGUCUCAGAAAAGGAAAUCAGCUUGUCUUCAGCUCCAUCCAGUCCUCAGACUCUGGACAGUAUUACUGUAAAGUGAGGGGCAUCACUGGGUCCUCUAGGGACGUCUUAGUUUAUGUGAAAUGUGAGUAAAAAGUCACAUUUAAAGAGCAACAGAAGGAUGAAAACCAUACACAACCAUAUCCCAGAACAUUUUUUAUUCUGUGUUUGUUUCUUUGUCAUUUCUGUUUGUAUCCGUCUUCAGAUGCUCCAAAUUUCUCUUAUGUGUCUGUGAGUCCCUCUUCUGAGAUAGUGGAGGGCAGUUCAGUGACUCUGACCUGUAUCAGUUACGCCAACCCAGCACCACGUUCCACCUGGUACAAGGAGAACAACACCACGUUUCAGUCAACAGGAGGAAUUUAUACUUUUCUCAACAUCAGCCAUCUGGACAGAGGGAGAUACAACUGCAGAUCUGAGAAUCAAUAUGGAUCACAUGUAUCUCCCCCUCUCUCACUAGAUAUCCAGUGUGAGUAGAAGACAUUACAAAGUUAGAUCACCUGGUACAAAACUCUUCUUAACGGCUGAAAGUCUCCAUGUAGGAAACUUGAAUGACUAAAAUUUUCUUUCGAUCUCCUCCAGAUGCUCCAAAACGUCCCUCUGUGUCAGUGAGUCCCUCUGCUGAGAUAGUGGAGGGUAGUUCAGUAAAUCUGACCUGCAGCAGUGAUGCUAACCCUGCAGCUACUUACACCUGGUACAAAGAGAAUGAAGACUCAGCAAAAGCUUCAGGACAGACCUUCACCAUCACUGAAUUCAGAGCUCAUCACAGUGGGAAUUAUUACUGUGAAGCCCGGAACAAAAUAGGACACCGAAAAUCCAGCCCACAUCAGAUUGUUGCAGCAGGUGAGAUACUGUAUUUACACACCUGCACACAGAGAGCUUACCCAGAAUACACAAUUCAUCAUUUAUCAGAACCUGCUGAACAUGAGGUCAGAGAAAUUAUAGUUUCUCUACCAAGAAAUGCAUUUUUUUCAGAUAGAUUUGUAAUUUUUUUUUCCAACCAGAACAUGAUUUUUUUGACUGCAGCUGGUUUCAUAGUUAAAGAAAAAGAUUUUUACAAAUAACCUCAAAAGUCUUCUAGAGGAAACAGUUUGAUCCACUGGGUAGGAGACAAAAAAUAGAGUAAAUCCUCACAACAUUAAAGUAGCGGCCUACUAAGAAAAAAUAAAUAAAUAAAUGCAUAAAUAAAAUUUAAAACAGAGCUGAAAUUGCAAAGACUGAGCAGCUUUUACCUUCAGAGAAAUCCUGUUUUUCUUAUGAGCUCUCAUAAAGAAUUCAGUCGGGCAAAAUCAGGAUUACAGGAGAGACGUAGGUAGUGCUGUGUGCAUGCAUAUGCUGUUGGUGGCAAAGAUUAUAGACUAUUAAAAUUUAUGUCAGUAACAUAUAUCUGAUCACCAUUUCUCAGGAGGAGGGUUAGUACCAGUUGUUGCUGGAACACUUGCUGUUGUCCUGGUGGUUCUCGUGUUCCUCUCUGUCUUCUUGUGGAUCAGGUGAGCAGCUCUGUUUCACUGAGUUAUCAUAACUCAGUUUAUCAGAUGCAGGAAAUCGUUUACAUUUUAAUUUAUUCAUUAUUUUACUAGAAAAAAGAGAGCUACCAACGAAUCACCUGCAAAUGAAGCAAGACCAGACGACAGAGGGGAGGUGAGAACAGUUACUCAUUUUAUUCAAGAUAAAAGAAAACCACUCCUGAGGUGGAAUACAGACACACCGCUACUGGUUAUAGAAACUUUUGGUCUAAUCAGGGACAACAGGAGGAGCUGGUUGACCUUCAGUAUGCCAGCAUCAGCUUCUCCAAGAAUCCUACAGAUCUGUACAGUAACAUGAGACCAACUCAACCCAGCAGACAAAAGGAGCAACAGGAUGUCACUGAGUACGCUGCUGUCAAUGUUAGUCGUGCCGUCACCACCAAAAGGUGGGAAACUCUUUAACUAGGACUAGCCUUCUCACUAUAAGAUGAAACCUGUCUUGUUUUGAAAAGUUUCAUCUUUUUUUCCCUAAAGUGUUUUUAUUUUGUAAAAACAAAAUUGAUGAUUUAGUUUCUCAGUCUUCUGAGUCUUAGUUGUUUCUUGGUUUCCCUCCUCAGAACCAGAAGUCCAGAGACCGGAGAGGAUCCUACUGCAGUGUACAGCACGGUCAACAAAUCUAGAUGA